AUGUCUCAGCCUUCCAUUCUCAGCUUCUUCGGCAAAGGGAGCAGUGCCGCGCCUUCGUCUGCAGCAGGGAAGGAGAAAAUAAAGGCAAAACCUCGGAAGGCAAGUGAUCGUGCCCGUUCUGCAGCUGCCGGCGGGACAGCGAAGCCAACGGCAAGGCGAAGGAACGCCGUCGCUAACAAGGAGAAGGAGGCUUCCGCGGCGGUGGACCUAACAGCUGCGGCACCGUCGGCGCCUAUAGAAGCGGCCACACGCGCCCUCGAGCCGGAGAAACGGCAGCGGCCAAGCAGAGCAGUCAAAGGCGACGGCGGGGGGGGCGGAGACAGCAGCAAUCCCGCCGCCGCCUCGGCCGCGACCAACACGCCGAACUCCAAGAGGAAAUCCAGAAGAAGGAAGGCGGCCCUUGCGCCCGGCAGCGGCGAGGACUCUGAUGUCCCGUCCCCCGGGACGGACAGCGAGACUAGCCCGCCGGCGCUGCCUGGGGGAGAAGGACGGCCGACCAAACGCAGUCGCGUGGGCGGAUCCUUUGGCAAGAGGUCGUCAGAGGGAAACGGGAGAGACGACCACACCGUCGAAGAAAUGGAGGAGAAAGGGGUGGCGGAGGAUCCCGAACCUACCCCGCCCGGAAAUCCAGAGCACACCAGUAGGCUGAGAAAGAAGGAUGGCAAGCGAGAGGGAGUGGAACCAAACAAGAAUGGUCAAGAAGGGGGAGGAAACGAAGGAGAGGGAAGAGACGCAAACGAAGACACUGACGGGGAGGGCGCGCGCGUUGACGAGGGCUUGCCAUUCUCCGACGCGGGGGCCCCGUCACUGAGAGGUGGCGAGGAUGAGGGUGGCAGCGAAGGGGAAGGAGAGAAGGAUGAACUAAGCGAGGAGGAGCGAGGCGAACCCAAGAAGAUCAACAGGAAAUCACCAGGGAAUACGAAAGAAGAAGCAGGCGCGGCGCGGGCGGGAGGCAUCUCGCAGUAUGAGCUGGAGCGCUUGGAACGGAUCAAGAGAAACCAAGCCUUCAUGGCCACGCUCGGGCUCGCGACCGCCAAACCCCUAGCUGCCCCCGCCGCGACUUCGAGCGAAGGCACGAAGGGACGCAACAAGAACAAGAAGAGGAGCAGGCCUGUGAGUCGUUCCCGCGAGAAAGCUGCUACGGUGGUGCCGGUUCGCCGGUCUGCCAGGGGCAGGGGAGCCGAGGCUGUGGACUACAACGAGGACAAGCAGGCAAUCAACGCCGUUGCGAGGGCGGCGCGAGCAGCAGCGGCAGCGCCAGCCGAGCCCGAACCUAUCCUCGAGGAGAUCGACUUCGAUGAUUCCACCGUCCUCAAGUACCUUUGUGGGACCGAGGCUAACGUGAAGGAUGGGGGUGGCAACGAUAGUUCGGCAGAAGCGCCAAACACAGCCGCCGCCGCCGCCGCCAACUCCCAAACUGCAGCUACACUGACAGGGACUGGGGCAGCGUCAGCAGGGGCGACGGUCGUGGGCCUGCGAGUCAUCGAUCCCGAUGACCCACUGUCCGCAUCUGGGCUCUCCACGAUCUACACAAUGCAUUUUUGCGGCGCAAGGGCCGCGGGCGGCGGUGGCGGCGGAAGGGGAGCGGCAGCUUUGCCGCCGUUGCUGGCGGCAGGGGGCAAAGGAGGUGUCGUUGCGCUGUUUUCCACGCGGCGGCAACAACAGACGGGCCGUUACGAAAACAACAGCAACGGCCAAGAGGAAGAAGAGGAAGACGAGCGAACCCUCAUGAACUUCAAGGCACACAAGGGCUGGGUUUCCGCGGUGCGUUUCCUGGAAGGCGGAGGGGCGGGGGCGGGGGUGGGGGGUUGCCGUUUGCUGACGUCGGCGAAUGACUCUGUGGUAAAGCUGUGGGACACCUCGAAGCAACACCGCGGUACGCCCAGGCUCUUGAGUACCAUGGACGACCUCCACCCCACCCGCAAAGGCAUCUUUGCCAUGGACUCCCAUGGCACGCGCGUGGCCACGGGGUCGAAAGACACGACGGUAGCCAUCGCAUCUCUCCGCCCUACGGGGAUCGAGCGCGACAGGGUGCUUGGCGACCCUGGCGGAAGCGAGGCGUUUCACGAGAAGGUCGUCAAGGGGGUCAGCUUACGGGACGAGAACACGGUCGCCUCGUGCGGAGACGACUCGAACGUUCGUGUGUCCGACCUGCGCUCCUCUUCAUCCGUCGGGGUCUCCCAACGGCUGGACGGCGUUCACGGCGGCCGGGCCUGCCACACUGUUCGGUGGCACCCUCUCGAUGACAACCGGCUCCUUUCGGCAGGGCUGGACUCGACGGUCAACCUCUACGACCUGCGGCGCUUGGCAGCCCCCCUGCACGUGUUCCGAGGGCAUUGCCCCUACGCCCUUGCCAGGCCCAAGGCCAUUCACCGACCGGAGUUCUUACCGUCCGGGGGAGGCAACAGCGUCAACAUCAUCACUUGCGGCGAGAGGUCUGAAAAUAUCUCCAUGUACGACGCCGGCAGCGGGGGCACGGUUAGCCGGGGGCUGCUAGGGGACGAGGCAUCCGCCUUGGCAGUCGGCAUCGCUGAUUGGUCGAAAGGUUCGCCGGAAGCGGCCGGGAUCGCUGCGGCUCUUCCGGGGGGGAACGUGGUCUUACUUGAGCCGGUGUGGGGGAGUUAA